AAGUGAAAACGAUGACGACUCUAAACGUUCAUAUAAUAUAGACUUGAGAUCAUUUAUCAUCCCACAAAAGUGAUCAUACCGUUUUCAAACAGUACUUUGCCUUAGAAACCAUUACAACCUUUGGUUAGUUUUCACGUUAGCUGCGCGCGCCCCCGCGAGGGGGAUGCAGCUCUCGGCGGACAGAACUCCGCGCAACACCUGCCUCGGUUUCUGUGCACGGCUCGUGCGGGACUGGAGUUGUAAACGAAGCGCGUGCGCCUUUCAGCACCAGUACCUCGUGGAUAGCAGCCAACGGAGCAGAGAGGAUUGUCGUUGUGGGUUAGCUUAUUGUAACAAACCGGCGACUUAGCGGUUUGCAACGCCGUACAGCCGCUGCGAUUGCGGGAAAACUUCAUUGGUAGUUCUGAGUCGGAGAGGGGAAGCUGUAAAGCGACACAGCUUGAGCUUUGUUUGCCCCUGUGGGCCUCUCGGUCGAAGGAGACACGUUUCUGCGGGGAAACAUACCGGUUUCGACUCGCUUGCGUCGAAUUUGCGCGGUCUGGAUUCAACUAACUGCGCCCCGGGAAGACUAAAUGGCUGCAUACGAAGGGAAACAAAGGUGAUAUAGAACAUUAUUCGUCCUAGCCGGUUCGGUCCAGAUAAAGGUCGCCCCGUGGUCCGGUUUUAGCUACAUUACAGCCUGCUCGCACCACUAGCCGCCGAGGUCUCCAUUGUGUGAGCAUCGCCGUGCUAUUCCACUGCCGCCCGCCCUCCGGAUCACUCUCUCCGCACACCUGCCGCCUCCUACAGCUACAACUGGGUUUUUUAACCUUCUUUUUUUUUAAAUCCACGCAUCCAAAAAUGUGUUCUCGAGUCUGGUUCGUGACCGACCGGCGCAUCAGCCAGGAGUAUCCUCAAGUGCAGAUCCUCCGGGCACUGAAGGAGCACUGCGCCGACGAGGAUGUUGAAUUCCGCUCUCUUCUCAUGGACCAAAUCGUGUUAACGAUCAGCGAGGGACAAUUAGGUCUGCGAGUGGAGCAGGAAUUGGUGACAUCUUAUCCGCAGGUGGUGGUGGUACGGGUGCCCACGCCCUGGGUGCAGUCAGAUAGUGACAUCACUGUGCUGCGCCACCUGGAGAAGAUGGGCUGUCGGCUGAUCAACCGUCCCCAGGCCAUACUUAACUGUGUCAACAAGUUCUGGACCUUUCAGGAGCUGGCCGGCCAUGGGGUGCCUCUCCCGGACACUUUCUCCUACGGAGGGCACGACAACUUCCGUAAGAUGAUUGACGAGGCAGAGCCAUUGGGCUACCCUGUGGUGGUGAAGAACGCACGUGGCCAUAGAGGCAAGGCCGUGUUCCUGGCACGGGACAAACACCACCUGACAGAUCUGUGCCACUUGAUCCGCCACGACACCCCCUACCUGUUUCAGGAGUAUGUCAAGGAGUCGCACGGCCGGGAUGUGCGGGUGGUCCUGGUGGGCGGCCGUGUCAUCGGCUCAAUGCUACGUUGCUCCACUGAUGGUCGCAUGCAGAGCAACUGCUCCCUGGGUGGCGUAGGUAUGAUGUGCCCACUGAGCGAGCAGGGCAAGCAGCUGGCCAUAGAGGUGUCUAACAUCCUUGGCAUGGAUGUGUGUGGCAUUGACCUCCUGCAGCUCAAUGAUGGCUCAUUUGUGGUCUGCGAGGCCAAUGCCAAUGUGGGCUUCAUUGCCUUCGACCAGGCCUGUGGCAUGGAUGUUGCAGGCAUCGUCGCUGACUACGCCUUGUCAAUGCUCCCCAGCCGCCUCACCCGCAAGAUGUCCCUGCUGUCCGUCGUGUCGAGUACCAGUGAGACCAGCAGCGAGCCGGAGGUUUGCCCUGUGCCUGCUGGCGGCGGCUCACUACCCGAGGCCGUCUGCAACAUGAGCGUUGGUUCUACUUCCAGCGAGAGUGACCCGGAGCUGGCUGAGCCCUCCCAGUCCUCACCCCGUCAGUCCACAGCCCCCACUCUGCCUGAUCUCCCUGACCUCCCCGAUCCAGCCUACAACUUCAACACCCUCCUUGCCAAUGAGAUCAAGUUAUUGACUGAGUGAGAUUCAAGCGGCUUCAUGCACACACACAAAUACAUAACACGCAUACCUGUACGCAUGGCAACUGACAUUCCUUUUCAAAACACAUAUCGAUCCAAAAACCAUUAAAACAUAGGAUGUUAAAUGCAAAAUCAAGAGCAGAGAAAAACCCCAAACACACUUGCAGACAAAAUUACGGACACAACCACAGAAAUACAAACACCAAAACAAGAGCCAUCUCCUACUAACUCCCUGGAAAAAAACACCACAGAUCUGAGGCUGCUCCCCUGACUCUCUUCGCUUUGCCCCUCUACUCCCAGACAGCAAACCCCACUAUCCAAACCUAGCUUACACUGCAGCGUGGUGGCGAGAGUGGGAUAUACUGCCAAUAAUGACCUCUCCUAGCCUUUUUGCAAAAUUGUGAUGGUGACAGAUCUUUUCCGGUGGGUAUGUGAUACCUAUAAAGGCAUCCACCGGCCAUAUUCUUAUCCUUAAAACACAAUAACAUUAUUUAAGGGAGAAUCUACAGUAUGUUGUCAUAAAAGGGGGGUUUCCUGCUGAGAUUGUAGUCAGGUUUGGUGGAUUGGAGGUGAAAUGAAGUGUUUGUUGUUGUUUGUUUUGUUUUUUCAAAUGAUUAGCUCCUUCGGAGAGGAAUACAUUCUCAUGCUAGGUACAUUAUACUGUCAGUUCCAAUGUAGCAAUGUAGUGCACCUAUCAAGGACACAGAACAGAAUAGAGACCAUCCUGCAGCAACUGGAGAUGGAGGGACCUCAAGUCAAAUUUACUGCUAUUCCAAAUAACUGAAAUGAGAGGUGAAUUCACUACAUGACAAUAGUAUGCUGUAAAUCCAGCUAAAACAGAUUGUAUACAAAAUGUUUUUUUUAACCAGGUUACCGCGACACAACUCUCCUCUAAUUAAAAUCAAAUUUUUUUGAAUGAGUGAUAUUGAAAUGUAGCUGGAGCUGCUACAUUGACAGUGAAUAACAGGCUGACUUUGUGGUGUCACAGUGAUUUACCUUUCAUGCGUAAAUAAAAUAUUAUUAACCCAGAGUGCAUACACAUAGCACCAGAAAAUCAUCCUGGGUGCUAACACGGUGUCCAUAAUCAAUACUCUGUUCACUGUGAAUGAAGCAGGCUAAUGUAAAUGUACGCAAAACUGCAACCAAAACCUGUCCAAGGUAGUACAAAUAACAAAAAGCAGUUUUGUUUAAGAGUCACAACCUGUAAUAUAAAAAUGAAUUGAGUGCCAUUACUUGAUUUUUAUUAAUUUUAUUUUACAUUCCUACAUAGCUUGUUUGAUUAAUCUUACCAGCAGCAGCAGUCUGCUGCUUUUUAAAAUCCAUUCAUUGUCUAGCACUUUAUAAUAAACAGACGCAUUUUUUUUUUCUCACUCACAUUUAAGAAACAUGAGACAGAGUGUGAAAGCUGCGUCUACAUCUGUGAACAAAAUAUACCUCAAAACAGUGACUUCUCAGUCACUGCCAUAGGAUGACAUAUUCAAACAUACAGUACAUAUCAGCCAGGAUCCUUGUGGUUUUCAAAUGGCCCCUGAUAUACCAGGUGUUCCUUCCCUUUAUGUCUACGAUCUAAAAAGAUAGUUGUGUGAGAUAAACAGAUAGUUGUGUAUUCUUUUUUUUAAAUUUCUUUUUAGCUUUUUUGUAAAUAUUAAGGUAGUAAAUUAGCUUCCGUUCAUACUAGUAUCCAGCUGAUGAAACUAGAAACAGCUGAAAUAACUACCAACAUUGAAACCUUCAUAAGCUAUUGUGGACAACCAUAUUUGUACAGACCUGAAACACUGAAAGGUUGAAACUGAAAUUUGGUGCUAAUAUUUCUGGAUUUGGUUAGAUGUGAUUUCUCAGUCAUAUGAUUUGUAGAUUAUACUCUUAUUGUUUUCAACUUGUUUUUUGAUAAUAAAAAAAUAAAAAUGAAGUAUCCUAACCCACAAACAAUGUUGGCAUGAUGUACAAAUAAAAAAUGGAAACUAUAUUUUUGCAAUGUUACUUUUUCUUUCCUUAGAAAAGAAAGGAAAAAUAAAUCCAGGGAUUUCAGUGGCCAAGAGCUUAUUGCUUAAGGUUUUUGUUCCUGUUGAUUUACCUCCUGUGCACCUUCUGAAAUAACUAUCAACAUAAAGGUAGGGUAUGCUGGGGUAAAUGCCAUUCAUUAAGAAUAAUUUGCAGCUCUGAUCAAAAGCACAAAUAUAAAAACCUAGGUUGUUCCAUGUAGUGUCAAUGUUUUUAGGCUCAUAAACCGUUCUGUUGCACACAACUCAGGGAAGCAGCCUGGAUCUCACCCAUGACCCCCAAAGGCACAUCAUAUAUCCAUCCGAGAUAGAGACAUGUCAAAAACAUAAUACAUCCUACAGGCAGACAAAAAAAUACACAAACAACAUUGAAAAAAAGGUUGUAAACUACAGUAUAAAACAAAGCGGUGUAUACCAUGGUUAACAUGCACUUUUUUCCUUGCUUGUUUUUAUAUUGUUCCUUGUUUUCUUCCUAAUUUAUGGUAUUUUUAAAGACAAAGUGGUUUGUGUGCACUAAUAUUGUCUCAAUAAAGUGAAACCGCUGUGAAA